AUGAACGAUACUUCUACGUCUCUUGAUAUUGUUUUGUUCAAUAACUUGGGUGACAAUAUCCGUUUAAACUCUUACCAAUUCGACCACCCACAUCUGUCUGAUGUAAGAAAUCGUUUCUCAUUCUCACUAGAAAUCGAAAAGCUAGUCAUUGGUAUUGCAGGAGAAGAUUUUGCGGUAUUGGCAGGGGAUACUAGACAAGUUGAAGGAUAUUCGAUUCAAUCACGUUAUGAACCUAAGAUCUUCAAUGUUGGUGACGAUAUUUUGAUGACUGCGAAUGGGUUUGCUGCCGAUGGAGUUGCAUUGAUAGAUAGAUUUCGUCAACAAUUAAAAUGGUAUAAAUUUGAUAAUGGAGGGAAGAAAUUACGUAUUCAAAGUGCUGCCAGAUAUAUUCAACAUUUAUUAUAUGGAAAGAGAUUUUUCCCAUAUUAUGUGAGUACUUUGAUUGCAGGAUUGGAUGAAGAAGGAAAAGGUGCUGUAUAUUCUUAUGAUCCAGUUGGAUCUUAUGAAAGAGAACAAUGUAGAGCAGGUGGUGCAGCUGCUAGUUUGAUUAUGCCAUUCUUGGAUAAUCAAGUCAAUUUCAAGAAUCAGUUUGAACCUGGAACUAAUGGGAAAGUAAAGAAACCAUUGAAAUAUUUAUCUUUGGAAGAAGUUCUUGAAUUAGUUAAAGAUGCAUUUUCUUCGGCUACUGAAAGACAUAUAUAUGUUGGUGAUGGUUUAGAGAUUUUGAUUGUCACCAAAGAUGGAGUGAGAACUGAAUACUAUCCAUUAAAGAGGGAUUGA